CCUCGCGACACUUUUGCAUGCUAGAAAGAGUGACAACGCGAAGUUACAGACAGAAAUAAAAUGAUUUUUAAUGUCGUAUUCUGAUUAAAGAACUGAAAACAUUCAUCUGUAGGGGUUAUUGUAAAUUCUGCACGAAGUCCAAAUUUUGUAGACAGGCUGAAUCCAGCGGGAUUGUUUCAAACAGAAGAAAAGAAUUAUUAAAGAAUUAGCAGCUUUAGGAUUCCCCAGAAUGAACAAAGAAGAGCUGGUGGAGUAUUUCCGGGCUCAGAUGAGGACGGAUCCAGACAUGGCCUCUGCUGUGGCUGCUAUCCGCACCCUGCUGGAGUUCCUAAAGAGAGACAAAGGAGAAACCAUCUUGGGUCUGAGGGAGAGCCUGAUGUGGGUGACAGAGCGUCUGACGGAAGUGGACUCCUCUGUGGCCGUGUCCUCAGGAGGAGAGCUCUUCCUGCGCUUCAUAACCCUCACCUCCCUGGAGCACCAGGAUCUGUCACGCUGUAAGAAAGUGAUGGAGGAAAGAGGAGAACUCUUCCUUGAAAAGAUCUCCAUGUCCAGGAAUAAAGUCGCCAAGCUGUGCCACACCUUUAUCAAGGACGGAGCUAAAAUCCUGACUCAUUCCUACUCCAGAGUUGUACUCAGGGUGCUGGAAAAAGCAGCUGCUGAGAAGAAACGAUUCUCGGUCUACGUUACAGAAUCCCAGCCUGAUUCAGCUGGGCGUCAGAUGGCAGAGGCUCUGCGAAACCUCAAUGUUCCUGUAACAGUUGUCCUGGACGCAGCUGUGGGCUAUGUGUUGGAGAAGGUUGACCUGGUUAUUGUUGGUGCAGAAGGAGUUGUGGAGAGUGGAGGGAUCAUCAACAAGAUUGGCACUUACCAGAUGGCGCUAUGCUCUAAAGUCCACAACAAGCCCUUCUACGUGGUGGCAGAGAGCUUCAAGUUUGUUCGUUUGUAUCCUCUCAACCAGCAGGACGUUCCAGAUAAAUUCAAGUACAAAGCGGACACUCUGAAGACUGUGCACAACCUGUCAGACGAGCAUCCCAUGAUUGAUUACACGCCUCCUUCCCUCAUCACGCUCCUCUUCACUGACCUGGGAGUUCUUACGCCAUCCGCUGUCAGCGAUGAACUCAUCAAGCUUUAUUUAUAAUCUUACCAUUCUGAAAUAAAAGCAUUGUGGAAAAGGU